AUGAUGCUCCUUCUCCUACUCCUUAUCUCCGUCACCGCCGCCUUCGAAGCCAGCCGCUCCCCCGAGAAUCCAUCUUUGCCCCGGAUUACUGGCGAAUGCCAAUGUACUCUACGCUACGAGGGAAAACAAUGCGAACGCGAAAAGUGUCUAAAUGGUGGACGACGUCAUAAGACAAACGGAGUGGUGAAAUGCCACUGUCCAUUUGGCUUCGCCGGUGAACGCUGCGAAAACGUCACGUUCUGCGAGCCGGGCAAGGGAAAACUGAUCAACGGCAAAUGCGAGUGCUCCGACCGAUGGACCGGACAAUUCUGCCACAUCCGGACGUGCUACAACGGGAUCCCGACCGGAGGAUUGGAAGGUUUCUGCCUUUGCGACGUCGGCUUCACCGGACCGUUCUGCGAUGAGAAACUGAUGUGCUACAAUGGAGGAAGCGUCAGCCAGGACAACGAGUGCGUCUGCGCUCCCGGGUUUGCUGGCGACCACUGCGAGGACUGCGCCCCGGGACAUCACCGCGAAGGGAAAAGCUGUGUCGCUGAGGUCUCGGGCCAUCCGCUUCUCUCAAACUCCUCGUUGGACCAAUUCCCCUGGACGAUCAUCAUGGUCGCCGGCGUCUCACUAGCCGCCAUCCUCCUCAUCGCCCUGUCGGCAAUUUUUGGCUUGCGCAAGUGGAAGACAAAGCCGAGCAGAGUGGGCUCGGCCCAGAGCGUGCAGAAGGAUCUCCAGGAAGUUAGCCUCGUGGUUUCCACCAACAAACAGGAUAUCUACGACGCCGCAGAGGUCUACACGUUCAAUUUCCGCUACGGAGACGACGCGGUGAUGGAAAUGAGUAAGAGCGGGGGCGAAUCGUCGCUGGGUGCGGGGGCCACAGCCGACGAUGUGGCAAAGUUUUUGUUUGACUUGUCCGUUCUUUGCCAAUCGACGAACGUGUUGCCAAACCCGAUCACCACUCUGCAACUUCGCCUGGUGGGACCACAAGGCGGGCUCAAUUAUGCGCUAGACCAUUACACGGCCCACGACGCCCCUUACAAGUUCGACCAUCCGCAUGUCCUCGACAACUACCGCUUGGGCCAUAUACGCGCAGAUGGUGCAGCGAUGGGUCUGAACCUGCGCAGCUGUCAAGUCACCGACAAGGUCGAAUUCGAAUCCCGGAUGCACCGCUUCGCGCAAGAGCGCAUGAACAACGCGAAUUCGACGCUGGGCUCGAUUGACAUGCAGCGAGCUAUUGCGCAGUUCAAUGGCGUCCCAACUCUCUCGCCGGCUCUGAAACAAUUGGCUAUCAACAAUCGUGCCGCUGAUGAUCAUGCCACGACCACCUACACCGGCACGGCCUCCCGUCGAAGCGUCGACAAGGACUCUUCUGGCAGCACGGACUCAAAGCCGAAGCAACGAAAUCGCCGGACCCUGCGCGCUAAA